GGACCCGGUGACAACCCGAGCGUUGGUUACUAUAUAGAGCGUGUGCUAACCCCGUGCAGUAUCAGCCUCGUCCCUCAUACCAUUCCUCCAGGAUACCCCGGGGCCUCAUCACCAGCAGUCUCUUCAACACAGCUUCCACCAUGGAUCCGUACAGGUAUCGACCGUCGAGUGCUUACAACACACCGUACAUGACCAACAACCAGGGUGGGCCGGUAUUUAAUAAUACCUCGUCUAUGACCAUCGGCAGUCGGGGCCCCGUUCUGUUGGAGGAUUAUCACUUGGUGGAGAAGAUCGCAAACUUCCACAGAGAGCGGAUUCCAGAGCGCAUUGUGCACGCUCGUGGAGCAGGUGCCAAGGGCUACUUCGAAGUCACCCAUGACAUCACUCACCUCACCUGUGCCGACUUCCUCAGAGGCGUCGGAGUCCAGACACCUCUCAUUGCGCGAUUCUCGACGGUCAUACACGAGAAGGGAAGCCCCGAGACUCUGCCAGACCCUCGAGGAUUUGCCGUGAAGAUGUACACGCGGGAAGGAAACUUCGACAUGGUGGGCAAUAACAUGCCUGUGUUCUUCGUGCGCGACGCCAUGCAGUUCCCAGAUGUGAUUCACGCAAUGAAGCCCAACCCCAAAUCGAACGUGCAAGAGUGGUGGCGUAUCAUGGACUAUUUGUCGUACAUCCCCGAGAGCACCCACAUGUUCUUCUGGUGGUUGGAUGACUGGGGUGUCCCCACCGACUAUCGCCAUAUGGACGGAUACACCGUACACACAUUCAAAUUGAUCAACAAGGAGGGCAAGGAGACGCUCAUCAAGUGGCACUGGAGGCCUACUUGCGGCUUGAAGUUCCUUCUGGAGGAUGAAGCAGCGAAGGUGGUGGCGAAAUGUCACAGCCACGCCACCAAGGAUCUGUAUGAUACUAUUGCCUCGGGGAGCUUUCCAGAAUGGAGGCUGUAUAUCCAGACAAUGAACCCUAGCGACGAAGACAAGUACGACUUCGACCCAAUGGACACUACCUGCAUCUGGCCGGAGGAGUUGUUUCCUCUGCAGCCGGUGGGACGUAUGGUGUUGAACAAGAAUUUGGAUAACUUCUUCAGCGAGAAUGAGAUGCUUGCUUUCUCUCCAGGAGUGGUGCCCCCUGGAAUCACUUACAGCAACGAUAAGAUGUUGCAGUGCCGCAUUUUUGCAUACGGUGAUACUCAACGCCAUCGUCUCGGCCCGAACUACUUGCUUCUUCCCGCCAAUGCCCCCAAGAACGCCCAUCACAACAAUCAUCAUGAAGGCUUUAUGAAUUUUCUUCAUCGUGAUGAAGAGGUGAACUACUGGCCAUCGCGCUUUGACUCACUUCGUAUGUCGGAACGUUUCCCCAUCUCCAAGGCUCACGUCAGUGGCAUCAGAGAGAAGACGGUUAUUCCUAAGGAGAACAACUUCAUCCAGCCCGGCAAUCGCUACCGCACUUGGGACCACGACAGGCAGGAGAGAUUCAUCGGCAGAAUGGUUACUGCUCUGAGUGAUCCAAGGUUGACGCAUGAAAUCCGCGCCAUCUGGAUCUCCUACAUGUCUCAGUGUGACAAGACUCUGGGACAGAAGCUGGCAUCUCGUCUCAGCACAAGAGCAACAAUGUAGAGAAGUCUCAAAGGUCUGGUCACGAAGAACCCCAUCGAAUGUGCUUGCCUCGAAAGUAGCUGGUUGAUACACCACCGUCUACAUCUUUAAUGGCAGCAUAUUAGCUUGAAAUCAUGGACUGUGUAACCAGUCACUGAAGCAUUGUAUCUCUAUGAGCAUCAAUCGCAGUGUUCGGGUGAAUACGGUGCUUUGCAGUGAGGAAUUGUCACUGACACAAUUACAAGCCUUUGUGCUCGAAGUGGCACAAGAGUCUAGCACGCUGUUUUUGAUAUCAUCCUUGGCAACUGUGCCGUAAAUAAAGUUUCAAGUACUUGAGAUUUUCCUAAACU